AUGCGUAUCUCAAGCUUGGCAGCAGUUGCUGCGUACAUAUUGGCCUCUCAUGCUCAACCUCAGAACAGCAGCGACUUACCCACAGUAGAUCUAGGCUACAAUGUGCAGCAAGCAAGCUCCUACAACGAUACUGGCCGAUACUACAGCUUCAAUAACAUUCGAUACGCAGCUCCUCCACUUGGCGACCUCAGAUUCCGGGCUCCGCAAGCACCGGAGACGAAUCGAUCAGUCGUACAGAAUGGCAGCGUAGGCGCCAAUUGCCCUUCGGCAUUCCCAUCCUGGUUGGGGACAGCUACAACCUACAUCCCGCAGUACUUGAACGGCUCGACCAACUUCUCGACAUCAGGAAUCAACACAACGAUACCAGCGACCGCCAACAUCAGUCCCAGCGAGAGUGAAGAUUGCCUCUUCCUCGAUGUAGUAGUACCAGAGGACAUCUUCGAACAAGCAGGGAAAGGAUACGGAGCUCCAGUGUUGGUCUGGAUCUAUGGAGGAGGGUACACUGGCGGCUCCAAGAGCCUGUACGGAAGCCCUGCCGGCCUCCUCGACCGAGCCUCGAACGAUAAUGGAAGAGGAGUAAUAUACGUGGCGCUCAAUUACAGACUGGGAGCAUUCGGGUGGUCUGCAGGACCGACCUUUCAAGAGAGCGGAGGCAUUUCGAACGCAGCUCUGUACGACCAGCGCUUCGCACUCGAAUGGGUAGCCAACAACAUUGAAAAGUUUGGAGGAGACAAGAAUCGCGUGACAGUGUUUGGCGAGUCGGCAGGAGGUGGGUCGAUCAUGCACCAAAUCACAGCCUUUGGAGGCACUGGGGAUGAGCCGCCGUUCCAGCAAGCUAUUCUGCAAUCCCCGGGAUGGCAGCCGCUGGUGUCGAACUAUCAGCAGGAUCAGACCUUUGAGCAGUUUCUAGAACUUCUCAACGUGACCACGUUGGAAGAAGCUCGUGGGCUAUCAACGGAGGCCUUGCAGACUGCAAAUGCGAGACAGGUCUCUGGUUCCGCUUAUGGUGGCUUCACGUACGGCCCAGCCGUCGAUGGAGUCAUCUCACCGCAAUUACCUGGUCAGCUACUAGCUCGCGGACAGUUCUUCAAGAACAUCAAAGUCAUGGUCGGACACAACGCGAACGAAGGUCUCCUCUUCAGCCCGCCUUACUAUAACAACAGCGAAGAGAUCUUCGAAGCAGAAGUCAAGACCGUAGUCCCCAGCAUCAACGCAUGGCCAGCAGCUGUCCAAUACGUCGCAGAUCAGCUGUACCCAAUCGAGGACUACCCCAACCAGAUUGCAAGGAGCUCAGCCAUCAUAGCGGAAGCAAUCUUCACAUGCAAUACCUUCUACCUCGACAAAGCCUUCAAUAACCAAACAUAUUCUUACCUGUUUGCCGUGCCUCCAGCUGAGCAUGGUAACGAUAUUGCGUACACCUUCUACAAUGGGGCCUCUGGUUCUGGCACGAAUGAGACGAUUGCGAUAGCUCUGCAGGAGUAUAUCACGAACUUUGCGCAGUAUGGGUAUCCUUCUGUAGAGGGUGUGCCGUACUUUCCGCUCUAUCAGAAUAAUGCCACGAUACAGGUGUUGAACAGUACGGGCAUCAGGCAGAUCAUGGAUCCUACUGCCAAUCAGAGAUGUAACUGGUGGCAGAAGGCAUUGUACUACUAG